AUGGAAGAGAAGAAGAUAACGAAAAGAUUGUCCAAAUCUUGGUUGAGCAAGUAUGCGAUCGCCAAGAUGUUUCUGUCUACCCUAUGGUUGGUAUGGGGGGGGCUUGGCAAGACAACACUUGCCCAAAUGGCCUUCAACGAUGAGAGGGUAAAACGGCAUUUUGAGCUUAAAAUUUGGGUUUAUGUUUCUCAGGAUUUCAAUGUGAAAAGUGUGAUAAAAACAAUAAUAGGAUCCAUAUCUGGGAAAGCAUGUGAAACCUCAGACCUAGAUUCUCUGCAGAAAAACCUUCGCGAGAUGUUGGAUGGAAAAAGAUAUUUGCUUGUAUCAGAUGAUGCGUGGGACGAAGAUCAAGAGAAGUGGGAUGGGUUGAAAUAUUUACUAGCAUGUGGAUCAAAAGGCACUUCCAUUAUCGUCACUACUCGUCUUGAAAAGGUUGCAUCAAUCAUGGGAACUAUCCCACCCCAUCACUUGCCAUUUUUAUCUGAAGAUGAUUGUUGGAUGUUGUUCAGGCAACGAGCAUUUGGACACGGGAAUGAAGAGCAUCCAAACCUUGUGGCCAUUGGGAAGGAGAUAGUGAAGAAGUGUGGGGGUGUGCCUUUAGCUGCAAAGGCCCUUGGAGGGCUAAUGCGCUUCAAAAGUGAGGAAAAAGAAUGGCUUUCUGUUAAGGAAAGUGAAAUUUGGAACUUGCACCACAAGGAAAAUACCAUAUUGCCUGCCUUGAGAUUAAGUUACUACAAUCCUCCAUUGGAAUUGAGACAAUGUUUUGCUUAUUGUGCCAUUUUUCUAAAGGGCUCUAGAAUUGAAAAGGAAAAUUUAAUUGAUCUUUCGAUGGCUAAUGGCUUUAUUUCGUCCAAUGGACAAUUGGAGUUGGAAGAUAUUGGAAACGUUAUAUGGAAUGAGUUACACUGGAGAUCUUUCUUUCAAGAUUUGAACAAAGAUCAAGUUAACACCAUUACUUGCAAAAUGCAUGAUCUUAUGCAUGACCUUGCCCAAUCUGUUACGGAACAUGAAUGUCAUGUGAUGGAGGAUAAAAGCUCAAGUAAUAUAUCAAAGCAAAGAAUUCAUCAUAUUACAUUGGUUAGUGAGUCGAUGAAGACAGGUGUUUUUCCUGAAGCAUUGCAUGGAGUUGAAUCCUUACGAACAAUUUUUCAACAAUGCAGACAUCCAAUUCUAAACAUGAGAUGUGAUGGUAUUGUACCUUUUUCUUCUGACUUUAAAAAUUUUGGUUCUCUACGAGUGUUCAAUGCAAAUGCCAUUAACAUGGUGCAAUCAUCAUCUUCUAUUGGCAAUUCAAAACAUCUAAGAUACUUGAACCUUUCUUAUACUUCCAUUCUAACACUUCCAAAGUCAAUUUGUAGCCUCCACAAUUUGCAAACUUUAAACCUAAAUCAUUGUUAUGAGCUUCAGAGUCUGCCCAAGAACAUGAAGUACCUAAGGAGCCUCCGAAAUCUUUAUUUAAAAUAUUGUUGGAAAAUACAGGACAUGCCUCCAAAGCUUGGGCAGCUAACUCUCCUGAAGAGAUUAAGUCUUUUUGUUGUGGGUAAGAGUAGAGGUUGUCGGGCUGCUGAAUUGCAAUGCUUAGAUCUUGGAGGAGAACUGCAUAUCUUGCACCUUGAGAGAGUGAGAAACCCAACAGAUGCUAAAGAAGCCAAUUUGAUAGGAAAACAGAAUCUUCGCAUCAUCAAGUUGUCGUGGGGAGAUAACAGUGAAUCUGAAUCGCAAGCAAACAUUGAACAAAUACUUGAAGCCCUGGAACCUCACCCAAAUGUUGAAGAGUUGAUCAUUGACAAAUACAGAGGUGCCCACUUCCCACUUUGGAUGGGGGAUUCAAUUCUUACAAAUAUGGUUUCUAUUGCAUUACUUGAUUGUAGAAAAUUGCUAAUACUUCCAGCGUUCGGGCAGUUGGCUUCCUUGCAAAAACUUAUGAUACAUAGAAUGGAUUAUGUGGAGUACAUUGAUAAUGACUUCCCUGGCGAAGGCCCGGUUAGAAGAUUCCCGUCUUUGGAAGACCUCAGUAUUGUGGAUUUGCCGAAUUUGAAAGGGUUGUCAAGGGAGGAGGGAAGAGAGCUACUCCCUCGUCUUCACAAAAUAAGCAUCAAGAAUUGCCCUAAAUUGACCUUGCCUCAUCUUUCAUCACCUGAAAAUUUGUAUGUCUCAAGAUGCAGCAACGUGACGCUAAGUUCAAUCUCAAAUCUUAUUUGUCUCACUUCACUUACAGUUUGUCACGACGACAAGGUGAUUUCUUUUCCAGAAGAGAUGUUUCAAAACCUAAAUGCUCUUGAAUCUCUAUACAUUGAAAGGUUUAGCAAAUUGAAAGUGCUGCCUACAAACCUGGAAAGCCUUGUAUCUUUGAAGUCAUUGUGUAUCCAUUCGUGUCAUGGGCUUGAGUCUUUGCCAGAACAUGGGCUACGAAGCUUAAAGUCUCUCCAACAUCUGGAGAUUAAUCGCUGCAAUAAUUUGAGUUCUUUAUCGGAGAGUUUGGGACACCUCACUGCCCUGGAGAAAUUGGAAGUUUAUGGGUGUCCGGAGCUAGUGACUUUGCCAGAGAGCAUUAAACAUCUUAUUUCCCUACGACACCUAAUCAUUAAAGGUACGCCCAAAUACUCCCAACCGUUUGAUGUUCGUUGUGAAAAGUUGAAGACUUUGCCAGAGUCAUUGCAACAUAUCCCCCUACUGCAAUCUCUAUCCAUCUCUCAGUAUCCAGAGUUCACAUCACUGCCUGAAUGGUUAGGAAACCUUACAUCACUUCAAUCAUUGCACAUUGAGUUCUGCUGCAAGAUUUCAUCACUGCCACAUAGCUUUCAAAGCCUAUCCAAACUCCAAAAUUUGGACUUUUUUUUUUGCGGUCCUGAAUUGAAAAGGCGACGUCAAAAGGGAGAGGGGGAAGAUUGGCAUAAGAUAGUACACAUUCCAAAAGUUGAUGUAAAAUAACCAGCUCUUGCAGCAAACAGAAUAGUAAACAUGGAAUCUAUUCUUUGAUCAUGUGGGAGUGAAGUGAGGAAACGGAUAUCAGAUCAAAAUGGAAAGGAAUGUGCAGAAAACAUGUGGACAUUCCAUAUAGAUCAAGCUGCAAGUUCUAAAGUGGCUGUGAGAUGGGCUGUAUUGCUGGUAGAAUGUUUUUGGGCUGAUCAGAGGCUAGUGGGAAGAGUUUUCAGUCAGCUGUUGUAUUCUCUGACUCCACUGUGUCAGUGCACGGCCUCUCGGUGCUACAGAUUUUAUGGCUAGUUUCUAUAGUGCUGAGUUGUCUUUAUUCUUGUGGUUUUGUAGCAAUUGACAUGAUUGAAGUACCUGA